CGUGCUCCAGUGGGGGUCCAGCCUCCGAACCGCGUAGACGCGCCGCUCCAGCCAUGUCCUGCCCAGCCCCCGCGAUGCGCGUCCUGGCGCUGCUCGUCGUGCUCGCGGUGGCGUUGGACUCCGCGUCCUGCCGCCGGCGCCGCCCCUCGGACCGCAACGACGCCUCCACGAUGCCGGUGGACGUCGGCGCGCCGGUGUUCCUGACGCCGCUGUUGGACGCGGGGCAGUACCGCGAGGCGCAGAACGCGUCGCGCGUCGACCCGCCCGUGCUCGGCGACGUGGAGAGCUACUCGGGCUUCCUGACGGUGGACCAGGCCCGCGGCGCCAACCUGUACUUCUGGUUCUUCCCCGCCGACAAGGGCGCGGACGCGGCGCCGCUCGUGCUGUGGCUGCAGGGCGGGCCCGGCUCCUCCUCCAUGCUGGGCGUGUUCCUGGAGAACGGCCCCGUGCGCCUGAAGCGCGGCCGGCGCCUCAAGCACCGCCGCCACUCUUGGACGCGCGCCGCCUCCAUGCUGUACAUCGACAGCCCGGCCGGCACCGGCUUCAGCUUCGCCAGCACGCCCGACGGGCUGGCCACCAGCUCCGAGGAGGCCGGCCGCGACCUGCUGGCCGCGCUGCGCCAGUUCUACACCCUGUUCCCCCAGCUCAAGAACAACGAGUUCUUCAUCGCCGGUGAGUCCUACGCCGGCAAGUACGCCCCCGCGCUCGCCAUGGCCAUCCACGAGAGCAACGCCAAGGCCGGCGCCGACGCCAAGAUCAACCUGAAGGGCCUGGCCGUGGGCAACCCGCUGGCCGAGCCGGAGGCCAUGCUGGAGUACGGCGACUACCUGUACCAGCUCGGGCUGCUGGACGACCACGGCCGGCAGCGCUUCCAGCAGCGCGAGGCCGUCAUCCGGGACCUGCUGCAGCAGCGACGCUGGACCGACGCCUGGCGCGAGCGCGACGCACUCAUCGGCAAGACGGCCAACGAGGCCACCGACAACGCCACGCUGUUCCGCGAGCUGACGGGCUUCCGCUUCCGGUUCAACUACCUCCACGACACGGACUACCUGUCGCGCGCCUACAAGCAGUACGUGCAGACGGACAGCGUGCGCGCGCUGCUGCACGUCGGCAACCUGACCUACCACAACCGCAGCUCCGUGGCCGAGCGCAUGCGGCCCGACGUGAUGCAGUCGGCGCGCCCGUGGUACGAGGCGCUGCUGCAGCACUACGACGUCCUGUUCUACAACGGCCAGCUCGACAUCGCGGACCCCUACCCGCUCAUGGUCAACUUCAUCAAGCGCCUCCGCUGGCCCGCCGCCGAGGAGUACAAGACGGCGCCCCGGCGGCUGUGGACCGUGGACGGCGAGCUCGCCGGCUUCGCCAAGACGGCCGGCCGGCUCACCGAGGUGCUGGUACGCGCCGCCGGGCACAUGGUCCCCGCCGACCAGCCCAAGUGGGCCCUGGACCUCAUCACCAAGUUCGUCACGCACACGCCCAUCGCGGCGUAGGUAGACACCAGCCAUUUUAAUGCAAUUACUGCAAUUACUUUUCCAGCCUGUGUGAUAUUAGAUGUAUUUUUACGUGGCGAUUUUUUGUACUGCCCUAAACACACGUCGCGUGUGGCCAAACUGACAAUUGUGUUGUAUUGCUUCUUUUUUAUUUAAUAAAAUUUUACUUUGGUGCCGA